AUGCUCCUCACCCCACACUGCCCUUCACCCCCACGCCACCCCUUACCCCCAUACAGUCCCUCACCCCACUGCCCUUCAUCCCAUUGCUGCUCCUCACCCCCGUGCUGCCCCUUAUCCCGUACUGUUCCUCACCCCACGCUGCCCUUCACCCCACUGCUGCUGCUCACCCCCAUAUUGGUCCUCACCCCCAUACAACUGCUCCUUACCAUCCUACUGGUUCUCCCCCCACUGCUGCUCAUCACCCCAUACUGGUCCUCACCUCAUGCUGCUCCCCACCCCACUGCUGCUCCUCACCCCCAUACUGGUCCUCAUCCCACUGCGGGUUCACCCCCAGGUGCUGGUCCUCAACCCCACUGCUUGUUCCACCACGCUGCCGCUCCACCCCCCCAAUUGCCGCUCCUCUCCCACCCCAUUACCACUCCUCCCCCCCCGCAGGCCGCGCUCAUUGACGAGCUGUACGGGCUGGUGGUGGAUGCCAUUUUCGGGUUCAGCUUCAAGGGAGCGGUGCGGGAGCCGUUCGGGAGCAUCCUGAGCACCCUGCAGCGCGUCACGGUGCCCAUCGCCAGCAUCGACAUCCCCUCGGGCUGGGACGUGGAGAAGGGGCGGGCGGACGGGCUGCGGCCCGACAUGCUCAUCUCGCUGACGGCCCCCAAGAAGGCGGCAGCGCAUUUCUCGGGCCGCUACCACUUCCUGGGGGGCCGGUUCGUGCCCGCGGCGCUGCAGGAGAAGUACGGCCUCAACCUGCCCCCGUACCCGGGCUCCGAGUGCGUCCUGCAGCUGCCCUAGGGCCGGGGGCUGCGCUGCGGGGGGGGCUCAGCGCCUGGCGGGGGUCGGUGCCGCAUCGGGGCGCUCCCAGGUACAGACACAACCCGAGCGCCAGGGGCUGGGUCUCACACCUUAGGAUUGAUUGCUGCAAUAAAAAUUUAUUGGUAAAAAGAAGAAA